CAGAAGGAAUUAGAGUGCACAGAUGACCAGAAUCCAGUGGAGGUUUGUGUUUAGUGUGUUAAGCCACUGAGGUUUUAAUGUGCACGUUUUAAUGUCUUCUCUUUUUGGGAGGUAUUUUUGGAGUGGUUUUAUCUGCUGCUGACCACCAUGGCUUCAUCUGGCGUGAAGGGUCUACCGUCGAUGUAGAAAUCUGAUUUUAUUUCUGUGUUGACUUUUUAUUGAUUACAUCAUCCUCAUUUAAACUUGUUUUGAUGGAAGAGACCUGUCCAAACGGAAACCCGCUUCUGUCUUUAUUUUAAUGUUACCAUGGUUACACAGUGCUCAGCAUCCAGAAACGUCCACAUGUAGAUUCUCUGGUUAAACGGUUCCUCAGGGAUCCGGCUGCAGCAGACUCUUGUUAAACUCACUUUGUCUCUGCUCUCUAAAGUCAAAACUUUUUAAACAGUCUUUUUCAUUUAAGUGAACUUUAUGCGUUUAUUUUGAAAGCAGUCUCUCCUUACUUCCGUGUGAUCCUGUCUCCAUGGCAACCAGCCUGUAAACACAGCAGUGUGACAGGCUGCAGUCAGGUGUGUCCAUUCAGCUUUAUUCUAGACUCAUUCAUAACCUCAAGUAUAGAAGAAAACCUCAUGUAACUAUUAAAAAUAGUGUAUUUGUGAGUUUCAGUGUGUAAAGAUGCCAGCGAGUGAUAUAAAGAACGAUAUGGACCGGUUAGGUAUCUUUAUGGAGAUGAGCUACAUCUCUGUCGGAGACAAGUACACUCCACCUCACAACCGUCCGUUCAAUGAGUCUGCAUAUCGAAACAGACAGAUGCAGGUGGGCUUCGCCAAACAACGAUGUGCGCUUCAGUCCGGCUUCUUUGACAAGUCCUUCAAACGAAUAUUUGAACGGGAGGCUCUGAAUGAACCCCUGAAACUGGCUCGACAGAACCGGAUCCAGCAGGCUAAGAAGAACCUGGGAAAGGCCUUCAUGCCUUGUAACGGGAUCAAGAAGCCAUGCGGUUCAGGAAGCUACCACGGGACUCUGUCCGGACCAGUUGAAGCCAUGAGUCCACUGUCAGUCACCCAGAAACCUCAUCGCUCACCAGGACGCAAUAUCAUCACUUCACCCCCAAAGAAAGGCAGUGGUUACAGUUAUCCCAGUGUAACCCUGUCCCAGAAUGAACCGUACACCUCCGAUCCGUACAACAGAGCAGAAGAAGCACUGAAGAAGGAGGCAGCAAUCCAUCGCUCCAAGGUCCAAGACGGCCCUUUCAAGAUCAACCUUCAUCCUAGAGAAUAUUUCCAAAGCAAUCCAUAUUGCAGUAACAAGCCCCUCCCACCUGUCCAGAAACCCCUCCCACCCCAGGAGAAAGUCUCUCUGGUUCCCUUCAAGCCCUCGUCCCCCAGCAAACGGGAUGGAGGAAUGAAAGCUGGGACGAUCGGCUCUUAUCCCUCACAUUCUGCCGAACCGUACGCUAUCCGCCGGUUCAAACCAGCCAGUGAAGAGCCAGUCUUCCGUCCUAGUCAUGGUCCUAAGAGCACACCUGUCAAGAGCAUCAUCAACGUCAACGUUAACAGAAGAGUCCACUCAGUGAACUACACCUCCACCAUCCUGGCUGUUAUGACCCUCUGACCACAUCACCCGUCCACCAUCUGUCAUGUGAUGGAUCAAACGUCUUUAAACCGGAUUCUGUUCACUCAUUUCGUUUGUUAGCUGCUGCUUAUUUCAUCUCCUUCUGUGCUUUUACUGUUCUUUUCUGGAUGGGAAAACCAGUAAAGUGAUCCAAUGUCUAUGUCUACAUGUAAGUCUGUCUGUCAGCUGAAAACACAGUGAACCUGAACACAGUGUGUGCUUCUCUGAAAGGACAUCUCUGACAUACUAACACAGGGAUCCAUCAAUAUCAUGUCCAAGGACACCUGGACAUGUCGGCUCCUAACAACCUUCUGAUUGAUUCAGAUGUCAGAAAAUACAAACAAGAUGUAAACGGUCAAAUGUUUUAAGUGGUUGGAAAAGAAAAGAUGUGGUGUUUCUUCAGCCUCGGGACGAGGACGAGGACGGCUCCAGGAAUGGACAUAACUGUCAGUGUGGCAUUAAAAUGAGCCAGAAACAGAGUUUUAAGGACAGAACAUUGAUUUAAGUUGGUAGAUAUAAACACAGGGAAUUAAAAAAUAUCUGUGUUACUUAACAAGGACUGUUUUCUUUUGCUAAUGAGAUAAUUAAUCUUGUUAUCUUGUGAAAACGAAGUUUGUUUUCUUG